UUACGUCUUACAGAGUGACAGCAUUUCUAGCCUAUCCGAAACCCCAUCUGGAGGCUUUAAAUAACCUCCUCCAGACCUCUACGAUUGGACAGCUGCAUAACAGGAUUUGCCUGUCUUAGCAAGCAGGACUGUGGGAAAAGAGACAGACUGGUUUCAUAAGAAGCAGGGAGCCGCAUGAAAAGAGAUGGGAAAGUCUGAGGAUUAGGGGUGGGGAUAGCUCAAGACUGUGGAUGCAUGCAGAGAUGGAGGCUGUGUGGAUGUUGCAGGGAACCUAGGUAAGUAAAGAUACUUGUGGGCUAACAAUGUAUAGGAAGUGAGCUUCGUUUAGGAUUACAAGGAGAGAAGCACAAAAUCUGAGAAAGGAACAGAGAGUAAGGCAAAUCUGUGUUGUCAGUGAAGGAGCUGUGUGUGAAAACUAAAGAGGAUCUAUAUUUAUUUAUUUCCUUGGAGUGUGUAUGUAUGAAUGUGUGUAAUCUAUAGUGUGAGGGCAGUGUUGGGUAGGUUUAAGGCAGAUAUUUACAAGGCUAUGCAAUAAUAUCAGGGGAGUUGCUGUCCCCAAAAGGCUGGACAGUUGUUCAGGUGUUUUCAGAUGACAGCAGGUUUGGGUCAGCAUUGGGUGGACCUUGAUCUCGACCAGACCUGAGCAAAGACAUCAAGAAGGCAGAAGGGUUUCAUUUGGACAAAAAUGCCACUGGAUUCUGGCAGGCCAUCUGUUGUCGAUGAGAGCAUUUCACAGCCAACGUAGUUUCAAUAUUUGCUUCCCAAGCUCAGGUCCUCUCUGGCCCCCAGAGCAGCUUCAUGAGAAAGAGACUGUAUCGUUGCAAGGCACAGCCACACAGGGUUGGAAAGAGUGAGAAAAUGGCCACCUCCGAGGCAGAGACUGGAUCAACAACGCUGGCCAUUCCAAUCCAGACCAACCCAGCCUCUGAGGAGGCCGAUAACCCCACAAAAUCAGCUGAGCUGCCCAAUAUGGUACACUGUGGGACCAUUGAAGGGCUGCUCCAUCAUCUGGCACCUCAGGAAGCACACACCAGGGUGCCCCAAUGCUGGGAGGAAGCCUGGCAACAGGUCUUGCAGGCAUUGGGCACUCAGUCCUUGCCAUGUACUUUGAGUGGCAAAGAGCCACAAACUACAGAAUUUAACAGACCCACAAAGAGUCUGGAGUCAGCUGGUGCAUCUGAGGAGCUUGUCGCAGGAGUGGAUCCUUCUCCUGAGGUCAUGCCCAGCACACCUCCUUCACUGCAAAAUAUGUGGGCACGACAGCUUCACCUAGAGGGUGAUAUUAAAGCCUACCUGGAGGUCUUUGAGCAGGUGGCCUCCACCUACCACUGGCCCAGGCAGGAGUGGGUGGCCCAGCUAAUACCCCUCCUGAGCAGCAAAGCUGUUCCUGUUGGCUGCAUCCCAGAGCACAGCUUGGCUCCUGACUACAACCUGGUGAAGGAGAGGAUCCUGCAGCAGUACGGCAUCACCCCAGAAACACAACGCCAGUGCGUUGGAAAGAGUGAGAAAAUGGCCACCUCCGAGGCAGAGACUGGAUCAACAAUGCUGGCCAUUCCAAUGCAGACCAACCCAGCCCCUGAAGAGGCCGAUGACCCCACAAGAUCAGCUGAGGUGCCCAAUAUGGUACACUGUGGGACCAUUGAAGGGCUGCUCCGUCAUCUGGCACCUCAAGAAGCACACACCAGGGCGCCCCAAUGCUGGGAGGAGGCCUGGCAACAGGUCUUGCAGGCACUGGGCACUCAGUCCUUGCCAUGUAUUUUGGGUGGUGAACAACCACAAACCAAAGAAGUUAACAGUCCCCGAAAGAGUCUGGAGUCAGCAGAUGUAUCUGAGGAGCUUGUUGCAGGAGUGAAUCCUUCCCCUGAGGUCAUGCCCACCAUGCCUCUCUCGCUGCAAAAUAUGUGGGCGCUUCAGCUUCACCUAGAGGACGACAUUGAGGCCUACCUGGAGGUCUUUGAGCAGGUGGCCACUGCCUACCACUGGCCCAGGGAGGAGUGGGAGGCCCAGCUAAUACCCCUCCUGAGUAGCAAAGCUCUUCCCACUUGCCACGUCUCAGAGCGCAGCUUGGCUCCUGACUACAACCUGUUGAAGGAGAGGAUCCUGCAGCGGUACGGCAUCACCACUGAGACCCAACGCCAGUGCUUCCGGCAGUUCCAGUAUCAGGAGGCCAUGGGUCCCAGAGAGGCGCACCGGAAGCUCCAGAUGCUUGGCCGGCGCUGGCUGAAGCCAGAGAAGCACACCAAGGAGCAGAUUUUGGAGCUGCUGGUCCUGGAGCAGUUCCUGACAAUCCUGCCACCAGAAAUGCAAAGCUGGGUCCGGGGCUGUCGUCCUGAGACCUGUGCCCAAGCAGUGGAUCUUGCUGAAGGUUUCCAGCUGGGAAAUCAGUCACCAGUACCAUUCAGAGACAUCUGCGUAAAGUUCACCAGUGAAGAAUGGGGCUUGCUAUCCAAGGAGCAGCAGGUGCUGUAUCGUGAUGUCACACUGGAGAAUUUCCAGAACGUGUCCACACUGGGGAUUACUGAGCAAAAACCUGAGAUAAUCUCCCAGAUACAGCAAGGGGGAGAACCAUAUUUCCAGGAUGAUGCUAAAACCAUAAUAAAAAGAGAUUCACUAGAGGUUCCAUUCACAGGAAAUGCAGUGCUUCUAGGCCUUAAGGGCCUGCUGUCAGAAAAGAGGGCUUUGGCACAAAGAGCUAGGAUGGCAAUAAAGGAACCGGUCACAGCAAUGGGAGCAACUCAGGAUAAUUCAAUCACAGUCAACAUUUUGGACAAUCAGUCCCCCACCUCUGAGAAGCAGCCUCCUCAGUCUCCCAAGCUGGGGCUUGUGAAGUCACCCCCAACCAGAACCCGGCCCACAAAAAGGCAGAUGCCAGCCCCAAAGGGUAAAACCUCCAAAAGAAAGAAACAGCAACCAGCUAUGACAGGUGAGCCUGCUUCUAGGAAAAAGUGUCCGCAAUCUCCAUCACAGGGAGAAACUUCCAAAAGGCAGAAAUCUGACACCACGGUGGUUUCAACUGGCAAGCAAAAGAAGAGGCCAGUAUCUCCAGACAGGCCACCAAAGCUGAAGAAGCAGUCAGUAUCGCUAGCUGAAGUCCCCAAACUGAGGAAUAAAACUGAGGCACCAGGUGAGCCCCCCAAACUGAAGAAGGAACCACCAUUAUCCGAUGAGGUUCCACUUCUGAAGGAGAGCCAGUGUCAGCAGAAGGAGCAGCAGAUGCCUCCCUUCAAGGUCAAACUCCAUGAGGCUGCCACCAUCCCAGUCAUCACGUGGCAUCCGCCAUUCAGUUCCACUGUAAACUCGGAUCUCACGUGCCUGGAUUGUGGGCGGUCAUUCAAGCAGAGGGCCGACUUGCGCCACCAUCGGUACGUCCACACGAAGGAGAAGCCGUACGCAUGCAAACUGUGUGAGAAGUGCUUCAGGCACCCGAGCAACCUGCACAUCCACUUGCGGACACACAGUGGUGAGCGGCCAUACCAGUGCUUAGAGUGCGGGAAGGCCUUCACUCAGAGCUGCAACCUCCGGACCCACAGCCAGAUCCACAGCGGCAACAAGCCAUAUCGCUGCUUUGUGUGUGGCAAAUCCUUCUGCCACAGCUCCAACCUCACCAUCCACCAGCGCAUACACACCGGGGAGCGCCCCUUCCCCUGCUCCGUCUGCCCCAAGCGCUUUUGUGACCGAUCCUCCUUGGUACAGCACGAGCGCACGCACACGGGCGAGAGGCCCUAUGCUUGCUGUGUGUGUGAACAGAGGUUCAGCCAGAUAUCACACCUUAUAAAACACAGCCGAGUGCACCCAGGAGCCAGAGGGCCCCCUUGCACUCAAAAGUCCUCAGAAGCUCGCUCUCUGAGCCCCCAAAAGAGCUGCCUCAUGCAGUCAAAUGCAAAAAACUCCUUCAGAAUAAUACCAGCCAAGCAGAAGCAGAUUCUGACCUGGAUCUCAAAGACGUGGGCCCGCUCCUCUAGCACUAGCCCUCCUCGGAACUGUACUGGCCAAACAGACAACACCACUCAAGAAUAGGUGAAACAGAAAAGGCAGUGGGUCAGGGUGGACAAAAUAAAUGGCAGACAGGGGCAGUCUUGAUAGGAACUACGAGAAAUGGAGAUCCAGCCUCUGAAACAAUCUCUCUGGAGCAAGAGGACAUUUCUACUGUGCUCUCCAUGUUGAUGCCUCCCAGAUACGGUACAGAGGUGGGUGGGUGGGUGGAAUAUCCUCCAGGACUGGAAGGUGUAUUGCAUUAAAGACCUGCCAGGAUCACCAUUCCUGACAGAUUCUCACAGAUUUCCUUCAUUCUCCUCACCCCAGAACAGAAUCAUUGGCAUCUAUGGGUGCCCAGCGGGGGGAGCAAAGGGGCAGAUCCCCCUCCCUGGAUUGAGCCAAUGGUGCCACACUACUACUUGAUUGUUAUUAACAUACUUUGUAUGUGCAUCUUUUGCCAACCUUCCCACCCCCCACCCCUGAAAAAAGUCCUGUGAAUGUCCAUGUUGGCAUCAAUUGGAGCUUCCCUCCCAGGAAAAAUAGCAGUCAUGGUGGGAACAAUCCAGAUCAGGACUGGAAGGGGAAAGGUUACCUUCCCCUCCUCACACACUAUGGUCCCAAUCUCGAUCUCCCCGCUCCCCCACCGCCAUUCCAAAAAUAAAAAGUGAGCAUGCAGUGCCAAAUGACAUGUAUGAGCUAGGAGAAAACCUUUUUGUGGACUCAUUGGUAAUGCUGUUCUAUACUCAUCUGCUCCUGUUUCAAUACUGGCAUUCUAUUCCCGUAACCAGAAUUUGUCCUUCAGCUUUAUGGUCUCAACACAUAUCCUUCAAGUUGGGAAGGGGGGUGCCUGUGCGUGUGCAUGCCAAGAAUGAUUAUAAUACAUGCCAAUGGAGCUUUGUGAAUGUAUCCAGUUGCUUUGCUGAAAUUUGUGCCCUCAGAUUCUCCAGAGAAUGGAGAGUUCUUCAGCCAUUUCAAAUUGGAAACGAGAGGUACAGAUGAGAUAAAUGGGCAUAUGUUUGAUGAAUUUAUAUCCUCAUUUUGCAUCUUGCCUGUUGGGCACAGGCAGCUCAUGGCUGUGUGUAUAUGCAGGAACAUAAGAAGAGCCUUGCUGGAUUAGACCAAAGGUCCAUCUAGUCCAGCAAUCUGUUUUCCAUAAUGGCUCAUCCAAUGCCUUCAAGAAGUCCAUAAACAGGGCAUGAAGGCAAUAGCCUUCCCUUGCUAUUGCCCUCCCAGCAGUUAGUACUGAGGUAUACUGCCUGUGAACAUGGAGGUUCUAAAUAGCCAUCAUGACCAAUAGCCAGUGUUAAACCUUUCUGCCUCCAAAAAUUAGACUAGGCUCCCUUUAAAGGCACCCUCCUCGGUCAUCUCUUUGCAACUCCUUUCCUUGGGAGAUUCAUCAGAAUCCUAGCCUGAGCAUAUACAAGAAGCAGUGUAACACUUUUCUGUUCUAGCAAGCCUUUGGUACUUCGGAAGAGGCAGAUAGGAGGAGAUAUUUUAAUCUAUAAUAUUCUAUUUAUUUUUUUAAUAACUUAACAGUUCUAAGCAUCCGGAAUAGGAUGCAAAAUCUUCUGAAAUAAAUGAUAAAACAAUACAGGGGGCAAAGACCAUUUUGGGAGGCUUGGGGUUCAUCAGAAGUAUUGACAAGUAUAAUGCAUAUCAUGAGAUGAACUAAUGGGUUAUAUAAUAAAUACAUUAAUUGUAAUGUAUGUAUUAUACAUUACAUAUGCAAACAUAAUACAUAUACAAACCCGUAAUUGUAACAGCUUUGUGAAUAGCCUCUCCCUUGAUGACCUAGGACUAGGGAGAUGAGGGACUGAGCCAUGAAGCCCACCAUCUCUCAGCCUUACCUACCUCACAGGGUUGUUGAACGGAUAAAAUGGCAGCAAGAUUAUUCCUGAGCUCCUUGGAGGAAAGGUGGGAUGAGCACGAAAUAAAAUACUUGAAUAAAAAUUGCCUCCAGGCAAUCAGACAGAACUAGAUUUUCCUUCUAGGCUAGGCCAUCCUAUAGAAGCUGGAACCAAUUGUGGAUGGAUUAAGUGGAGGCAAAGUGGACUGUAUGAGUUGGGAGAUGAGCACUGAUAAAUCACAACUCUUUGCUCUUAUCCCUGAUCUUGAAAUACUUCUAUUUGAAGCAUAAGCAGCUAGACUUUAAAAAAGGAACUGAAUAAAAUGCCCAAGAAAUGACUUGUAAAGCCUAAAGUGUGUGAUGGAAAACAGAAAUAAAUGAUUUGAUGCAUCAAACAGAGGCUACGGUACAACUUUAUGUCAUUAUGAUUGUGUCUCCCAACUCUUGAAGAGUAAUAAAGAAUAAAAAUAUUAUUGUUAUUACAAUUAA